AAAAUCAUUCAGUUUGUAGACAACGUUUGCCGUGGCCAAAAAAGAACGGACAAACACUAUUUUAGUUGAAACAUCAUUUCCAACUGUAAACGGCAGCGCGAUUAUAGGCAACAAAAAAGGAGAAAAUAAGUACGCCUCUGUGUGUGUGUGUGUGCGUACGUCACAGACCGCGCGAGUGUGUGUGUGUGCUGUGGGAAAAAUCAGUAAAAUGUUUAUGCUAAUCAUGCGACGAAUGUGCGCCAAUUGCGUAAAAUCAUAAAGUGCAUUAAGUGAAACGAAAUUAUAUAAUUAAGGAGCGGCAGUAGAAAAUAAGCGAAAAGUAUUUUUUUGGCAAAUACAAAGAAAGGCAAAGGUUGCAGCUCCUCUUCCUUUUCUUCGCGUGUGUGUGUGCGUGUAGGUGUUGGCGAGUGUGGCCGUGUGUUGGUGUCUCGUGGCCAGCUGUCUGUGUGUGUGAGCGGCAGUGGGUGUCUGUAUAUGUGCACUGUGGGUGCAACAACGUGAACGCUUCAUCCCGGAAGUGAUUUGUAUAAGGCCGAAAGCCUCUGAAAUUUUACACCCAAACGGAAAUAGUUGCUAGUAUUUUGUGAUGAAGUCAUGUGGAAAUAGCAGCCACAACAGCAACAAGAGCAACAGGACCAGUACAAUUAUAGGCAAAAGUUAAUUAAAUGCUGCAUCAUUUGCAAACUGCAAAAAGGAAUUCUUAACAAUCGCAAUAAAACUUUUGUCGAACAAAAGUAAUUAAAGGACCCCACACCCAUACCUCACUUGACGCUAUGCGACACCCAAGUUGGUAGGAGUGGCAAGGAGGCAAGGAGGCGGGGCCAGGAGUCCAGGAGUACAUGGCCAGAAGCCAGCUGACGCUGCCAGCCGCAAACAGCUAACAGCUAACACCAAGGAGCCCCGCGGGGACCAAGGACGCAGGACGAAGACGAAGCGACGGCCAACAAAAUGCAGAAGGAGAACAAUGUCACGGCGGAGAAUUGCCAAUUUGUGGGGCCCUAUCGCCUGGAGAAAACCCUCGGCAAGGGUCAAACGGGUCUCGUCAAGUUGGGCGUGCAUUGUGUGAUUGGCAAGAAGGUUGCGAUUAAAAUAAUCAAUCGCGAGAAACUCAGCGAAUCGGUGCUAAUGAAGGUUGAACGGGAAAUCGCCAUAAUGAAACUAAUCGAUCAUCCGCACGUCCUUGGCCUGAGCGAUGUGUACGAGAACAAGAAGUAUUUGUAUUUGAUAUUGGAGCAUGUAUCCGGCGGUGAGCUCUUCGACUACCUGGUGAAGAAGGGUCGUCUGACGCCCAAGGAGGCGCGCAAGUUCUUCAGGCAAAUCAUCUCCGCCCUGGAUUUCUGUCACUCGCAUUCGAUUUGCCAUCGAGACUUGAAGCCGGAGAACCUGCUGCUGGACGAAAAGAAUAACAUUAAGAUAGCGGACUUCGGGAUGGCAUCUCUGCAGCCAGCUGGUAGCAUGUUGGAGACCUCGUGCGGCAGCCCACACUACGCGUGUCCGGAGGUCAUACGGGGUGAGAAGUACGAUGGCCGCAAAGCGGAUGUCUGGUCCUGUGGGGUCAUCCUGUACGCCCUGCUGGUGGGUGCGUUGCCCUUCGACGACGACAACUUGCGCCAGCUGUUGGAGAAAGUCAAGCGCGGCGUCUUUCACAUACCGCACUUCGUGCCGCCGGACUGCCAGAGUCUGCUGCGCGGCAUGAUUGAGGUGAAUCCGGACCGGCGUCUCACGCUGGCUGAAAUCAACCGCCAUCCGUGGGUCACAGCUGGCGGCAAGGGGGAGCUGGAGCUGGAGCUGCCGAUGAUGGAGGUGGUGCAGACACAUGUUAUUCCCACAGCCACUGCGGUGGAUCCGGAUGUGUUGAACGCCAUUUGCUCGCUGGGCUGUUUCAAGGAGAAAGAGAAGCUUAUCCAGGAGCUGCUCAGUUCAAGUCACAAUACGGAGAAGGUCAUAUACUUCCUGUUGCUGGAGCGCAAGCGAAGACGACCCGCGCUGGAGGAUGACGACGAGAUCGCCCAGAAGUCCCGCAGUGAACUCGAUGCAGUGGAUCCGCCGCGUAAACGCCUGGACACGUGUCGCAUUAAUGGUACCAAUGCUCCCAGCUAUGGACAGAUUUCGGAGGGUUCACCGCUGACGCCAAGACGACAAGCCUUUAACUUCCGCUCGUACAGCAGCACACGGAACCAUCAACGGCGCUCGCCCACAACCGUUUCCUCGUCGGUGCGGAGCUCCUCAUAUCACAGUCCCACGCGUUGCAACUCCCCGAUGAGUUCGGCCCAGCAGCAGGCGAAUGCCAUUUCUCGACCAUCUUCCCCAGCGGCGGGAACCAGGCAUUCGACAUACGGGGACCGUGAUCGUUCCGGACACCACUCCUCGGUGAGCCGGACACCCUCGCACAGUUCGCAGAAGAGCAUCGAGGGCGAUGUGGUGGUGGUGCGGGAGCCCAGGAUCGAACGAAGGGACUCACUGCGUCAGGAGCGCGGAGGAGGAUCGCCGAGGGAGCGAGGGGAUUGCGGCAUUCCGCCGGGCAGUCCGGGCGGCAAUUCAAGCGGAUCCACUUCCGCCUCACCGUCGGUGCACCACCGUGCCAACUCAGGUCCGACCAUUGCCAUUAGUAUGUUCCACGAUCCAGAUUCGAAUAGUGUUGUGAAUCCCAAUGGCUCUCCCAUGAUGAACAACAGCAGUCCGGGAAUGCCCGGCUCACCUUGCAACACACCUGGUGGCCAGUUAUGGAAGACGCGGCUUACGAACAUCAAGAACAGUUUCUUGGGAAGUCCGCGGUUCCAUCGCAGAAAAAUGCAGGUUUCGGCCGAUGAGGUGCACUUGACGCCCGAGUCCUCGCCGGAGCUCACAAAGCGUUCUUGGUUCGGUAAUCUCAUAACAACCGAGAAGGAUGAAACGUUCACUAUUUUGGUCAAGGGCAAGCCCAUUGCCACGGUCAAGGCGCAUUUGAUCCAUGCAUUUUUAUCCAUGGCUGAACUAUCUCAUAGUGUGGUCUCGCCCACCUCGUUUCGUGUAGAGUACAAACGGAAUGGCAAUGGACCCGUCAUGUUCCAGCGCCAUGUCAAGUUCCAGGUUGACAUCAGUGCCAUUUGCAAACAAGGUGACAUUGCAGAUAUGUUGUUUGCACUAACAUUUACGUUGCUAUCAGGUAACAUUCGGCGUUUUCGACGUAUUUGCGAGCACAUUCAGUCCCAGGUGUGCUCCAAGCGGUUCCCGGGUCCCAGUAGUCCGCCGACGGUGACCAGUGUAACCCAGGCAGUUUCGGAAAGCUCCUCCUGCGGAUCGGUGUCCAGUGAAAGACUAUCGUACAAGCGACAGGUGAUCGAAAACGAUAUGGAGAACGAUUCCAUAUUCUCGUACAAGUCGGGCAAUGGUCGUCGGGCGUCGACCACAAACAACAACAAUGCCAAUCCAGUUGACAUACCCGGAAGCCCCAUUGCAGUGCGAUCCAACUCGGAAACCGCUGAGCACGAACGCAACCGCGAGCUGCAGAGUGAGCGUCAGGCGACAACGAUGUCCGGUAGUGCAAUCGCAUGAGAAUUAUUUCUCUGAUUUAGUUACAUUUUUCUCAAGGACAUUUGUUUCGAUAUGGCACUAGUCAACACCAAACGCAACCAAAUAUUGUAUUCCAACUAGAGAACGAAUCAGCCACUCAAACAGUAUUUUUUCUAGAGCCAGAGAUCUUCAAACUAAGUAAACACACGAAAAAUCCGAAUAAUAUACCAAAGCAAUAAUAGUGGAAUUUUUAUGAAUUAGCAUAUAUAACGAAUCUGAACUUUUGAAAGCCGAUUGAAUGAACAGAACUUUGCUAGCUGCUCUAGCUUUUAUCGAAUUUCGUUUUCUAUUUAUUGUUGAUUUUUUGAGUGACUUUUUGAAUAUGUUCUUUUGAGGGACAUUGUUGCCGCCGCGCCUAAAAAGCUUGCAAGUAAAAACACCGUGUAAAAAUAUACAAAAAAAAUCAAUUUAGCUCUAGCCUAAGUCGAACCAGUUACUCUAGUCGAUUUCUUUACCUAGACUAGGCCUCGUAUUUAGCUACGCAAAUGAUUGCUACUCAAAAAAAUUCGCUGAUGAUUUGUAUAGAGUGUAUAAAGGAUAUUACGCAAAUGCACUGAUCUUUAAAUACUAACUUAAAUAAAAAAAAGUGAAAAAACUAAAGAAAUUUUGCAUUAACUUAGCGUUGCUGUUUUUCUAACAAACCAAAUCGAUAUAACUAUUUUGCUAGCCAAAAAAAAAAUAAAGAACCGAAGAAACGGGACGGAAAACGCAAACUAUUUUUCCUAAAUAACAAAAUAUUUACUAAAUAAAACGCGUCAACUUUCGAACUUGAGACAUGCAUAUAUGACGAUCAAAAGAGUGUUGUGUGGUAGAUAAAUUCAGCUGAUAUUGACAGUGCAUAGGAAAGAGGAAAAACCGGCAUGUAUAAUGUACAAAAGAUACCGAAUAACUAACAACGGCACAGCACAUGGCUACUAAAGCAUAUACAGCACAUUAAAGUAAAGACAUUAAAUACCAGAAACAAUAUAUUUUGCAUGGGCAUGAAAUAAAGCUUUCUUAACCAAUA